GCACAGAUUCGGGUUACAAUAUACUGAGUGUGUGUGUGUGUGUGUGUGUGUGUGUGUGUGUGUGUGCCUGCCAUCAUCAGCGCGCGCGAGAGGAGGGAAAGCGUGUUUACACAGACGGCUCGAGCGCCUGGGGAACAGCGCGCGAGAGGAAGUGAGCCGGCUCGCUGUCUGCCUGCACCAACUUCCUGCUCAGAGAGAGAGAGAGAGAGAGAGAGAGAGAGAGGGGAGGUGAAAAAACAGUGGGGAUCCCAUUACAGUCAGACUGUGCUGCCGAGACGACCGACAGCAUGGAAAACCAGGACAUUUUACGGAAUUCUUUUUAAUAGAGGCUAAAAGGAGGACAAACCCAGCCAUUACUCACAGCCAUGGAGAGUGCCAUCACGUUGUGGCAGUUCCUGCUGCAGCUGCUGCUGGACCAGAGCCAUAAACACCUGAUCUGUUGGACGUCCAAUGAUGGCGAGUUCAAACUGCUCAAGUCUGAGGAGGUGGCAAAACUCUGGGGCCUGCGCAAGAACAAGACCAACAUGAACUACGACAAACUCAGCCGAGCACUGCGCUACUACUACGACAAGAACAUUAUAAAGAAGGUGAUUGGACAGAAGUUUGUUUAUAAGUUUGUCUCAUUUCCUGACAUCCUGAAAAUGGAUCCUCAGGCGGUGGAGCUCGGGCGAGAGGGAGGAGGCGUUAUGUUGCAGGAGGUGGAGUCUGAUGGUGGAGAGGGGGAGGAGUCUCCAAAACUCUCUUUGUCAUCGCUCAGAAGCCCCACCUGCAGGAACGAAUAUCUUCACUCCGGCCUGUACUCGUCCUUUACCGUAAGCUCCCUCCAGGGUCAGCCUCCGCUGCUGCAUCCAGUCAAAGUGGAGAAACAGAGAGGGGCAGAGCGAGGCGAAGAAGGACCAACCGUGAUUCGGUUCGUCACCAAUCGGUCAGAUAAAGUGGUGCCCCUGCCCUCUUCUCCUGCAUCUGCCUCCUCUGAGAUUUUCUUCAGUUCGAAAGCUUCUUCACAUUCCUCCCGCUCCCCCUCCCCUUCCUCAAGCCCACCCUACACACGGAGGCCUGGCCUGAGCCCUGAGGCUCUCAUGGACGAAUCAGAGCAGAACGCUCAGCCUCUCAAUUUAUCGUCCGGCCACAGGGAGCGAGCCCAGACCCAGGCCACGCCCACUGAGAGGAGGGCCAGCAGCAAUGGACUUCCUCCCAAAGCUCGAAAACCCAAAGGUCUGGAAAUUUCAGCCCCUUCCAUACUGCUUUCAGGAAGUGACCUGGGCUCUAUUGCUCUUAAUAGCCCUGCACUGCCCUCAGGGUCCCUCACACCAGCCUUCUUCACUGCACAGACUCCCUCGGGUUUGCUGCUGGCUCCGAGCCCUCUCCUCUCAUCCAUUCAUUUCUGGAGCAGUCUGAGCCCCGUAGCUCCUCUCAGCCCGGCCAGACUACAGGGACACAGCUCCCUCUUCCAGUUCCCCACUCUGUUGAACGGACCUCUCCCUGUGCCUCUCCCCAACCUGGACUCCUCAUCCUCCUCAUCAUCUCUCCUCCUUUCCUCCAGCGCUCAGAAGUCCUGAUUCCAAACCCCCUCUUCACCACUUAUUAUCUGCAAAUACAUACAUAGACACAUACACAUACUUGCUAAAAAGUCAGAAUGGACUCAAGAUUGCACUACACCCCCUUGUGGUUAAACGUUACCACAGUAAUAAGAACCAACAUUUUAAUGCAAAUAGCAAUCUUUUUUUCUGUCUUUCUCAAUCAAAACUCAGGCUGUACACCAAAUUGCUCACAUGGCUUUACUUGUGCCAAAGAAUGCAAAAUGCCCAUCAAUGGAAACAGUGAGCUCUUGGAUAAAAACUCAGCCUUAGAAUCUAUAGCAUCUUCCAAAGAAGUUUUUUCUUAAGAAUUUUAAUUUGUUUUUCUUAACUGCUAGAAUUGUGCUUGACCAUAUCCAGGUAAAUAUACAUACAUACGUUACAGCGAUGCAAAAGUGGCUAUAAAACUUGCUGCAUCAACAGAGAUUCCUCUGUGUACAUCUCCACAUGUAUGAGGUCUAAAGAUAUUAAGUUUAAGAACGCUGAUUCCAGGUGUCCUCCAAAUACCCCUGUAUCCCCUGCUGAGUCACACCCUCGGUGCUUUUACCAGAAUGUUCUCUGUUCCAUCUCAACUUCCACCCACUUCAGUGGUGGUCCUAUCGAAAACUAAAAGAGGAUACUCAUUGCAACUCAUAUUAGAGGGACCCUAUAAGCCUUUUCAUUUCAUUUAGUUUCAAUUGUUUUGGUUUUUAUAAUCUCUUUCUGAGGCUGUGAAUCAGGUUUUCUGUUUAAUUUGUCUGGUGUUGUAUUGUAUAUUAAUGUAUUGUAUGCACUGUGCUUCAAACUACCGGCUGUGCCUUCUCUGUGUAAGAAUGUGUAUAUGUAUUAUUUUCCUGCUUCAAACAAAAAAUGUUUGUUUUUGUAAUAGACGAAAUUCCAUUACCAUAUUGGAAAGAAGAAGCUUUGUAAUAGCUUUGGUAUUUUUUUUUCAUUAAGGAAUUGAAAACAAAAUGUAUUCUCAUAUUAAUUUUAUAUUGUUGCUUUCUAAGAAAAUGUGCCUGUUAAAGUUGUUUUAAAUAAAAGUAAAGCAUUGAAUGCUA